CCCCACAGGAGACACCGCAAGUCAGGACGGUCAAAAAAAAAAAUCCUUCACCUUAUCCUUUCGCGACAAAGUUCAAAGAGCUGCUUCGUUCUUCUAGUCCAACCCUACCAGCAGCGUUACAAAAAAACAGCCCAAAACGAACCGAUGGCAAGGUCAAAGUUAUGAUGCGAAUAUGCCCGAGUUUUAUUGGAGAAUCAGCGUCUGUGAUGAAAGUAGACAAGAAACGAAAGCAAAUCACACUCUACGAUCCUAGCACUGCGAGCCAUGUAUCAACAAAAAAAAAAAAAAUGGGAGUGGCAGCGCCUAAGAUAUUCGCUUUUGAUGCGAUAUACGAGGCCGAUGCAAAACAGAGUGAAGUGUGUUCGGGAACAUUAAAAAAAAUCCUGCAGACUGUUGUUGGAGGUUCUGAUGCGUGCGUGUUCAAAAAAAAUCAUGCUGGGCUAGGAAAGACGUAUUCUAUGAUUGGUCGAGAUGAAAGCGAGCAGACACUCGGAAUGUUACCUACAGCUUUGUCAUGGCUUUUUCGACUAAAAAAAAAACAGAAGCAAAGGACGGGUACAAAAUUUUCUGUUCGGGUGUCCGCUGUCGAAAUAGUUGGUAGAUCAGAGAAUUGGAGAGACUUACUCGCGUCUACUACAGGUUCUGAUAAUGGCAGCAAUGAGACCCCUGCUCCAAGCGAGUUUUUAAGGGACGACAGGAAUGAAGGAAUUCAGUUGAUGAAAAAAAAUGAGUUGCGCGCCUCGUCAGCAGAGAAAGCAGCUUUUUAUCAAAAAAAAGCACUUACUGCAAGAACAAGAUGUGCUUCUGAUAAAUCGACUGACGAAACCAGAAAUUCACAUAUGUUUUUCACAGUUCACAUUUAUCAAGUCGAGAAGCAUUCUAAAAAAAAAAAAGGUAAGAAAAGGUCUCGGUUGCAUCUGAUUGACUUAGCAAGUUGUGAAAAAAAAAAAGGGUCAAAGAAAGAAGGUGGUGCCAGUAGCAUGUCUCUAGAAAAAAAAGGAAACGUUAUCAUUGCACUUAUCAACGGUGCUAAACAUCUCCCUCACAAGUAA